AUGGGGCCCAGCCCAGUCCCCUCCGCCCACCGCGCCACGUGCGACAGCAGCCAAUUCUCGUCGUUGCAGCCCGCGGCGGGCGGCGGACAGCGGCAGGCGCGGGGCCAGGGGAAGCAGCAGCAGCAGGUGCAGUACACGCGGCGGCAAGUGAGCGCUAGCAGCAGCGCUGCCAGCGGCAGCAGUGGCAGCAGUGGCAGCAGUGGCGGCAGCAGUGGCAGCGGUGGCACGCACCCCUCGGGCAGUGAGGACUGGGGGAGCCAUGACACGGAUGAGUGUGAGCGGGGGGGCGAGCAGGAGCAAGUGGUGAGCACGAGGUACACUUGGAGGUGCGGACGGUCUGGAUCCGAUGCUGUGGUUGGGGUGGGGAGGGCUGCAGGGAAGGAGAGGGCGGAGAACGAAGGGCUGAUCCUGGCCCUUGGUUGCGUUGAUGCGGGUGGUGCAGGGAAUGGGACUGGCGUGCAGGUGCAGAGUCGUGGCAGGGGAGGCAGUGCUGCCAGGGGGCGGAAACGGAAGAGUGCAGCAAAGACGACAUGGGGGAGGGGGAAGAAGGCGAGGAGCGCAAGUAAGAAGCGCCGCAGCAGAGCAGGUAGCAGCGAUGGGUCAGAUGGUGGGGAGGAGGACGAGGAUGCAGUCAGCGAGGAAGAUGGGGAGAUGGAUGAGGGGGGUGGGACGCAGGAGGCGGAGCACGAGGAAAGGGAUGCGGGCGGCGAGGACGAUGGGGAGAGCGGUGAGGAGGAUGGGACGCAAGAGGAAGGCGAGGAGGAAAGCGAGGGGGACGAGGAGGACAGGGAGGGGGACGAGGAGGACAAGGAGGGGGACGAGGACAAUGAGAAGGCGGUGGCUCAAGUGAAGCGCAUGCUGAAGCUGUACAGCCUGUUCAACCGGCGGGCCAUCAAGACGGAGGAUGACCGCGUGACCAAGGAGCGCAGGAGGCUGGGGUUGAUUGGCCCCAACGAUGAGCCGAUACCCAAGAGCAAGCUCAAGGGGAAGGCCAAGAACGUGCGGGUUCCCAGCAAGCGCCCCGACCUCGUUGCCCUCAAAGUGAUGCUGGAAAAGGGGUUACUGCAGAAGACGAGAACUGUUGGCGCCAUUGCAGGUGUGCGUGUGGGCGAUCGCUUCUUUGCUCGAGCCGAAAUGGUUGUGGUGGGCUUGCACAGGCACUGGCUCAACGGCAUUGACAUCAUUCCUCAAGCCGAGAGCCCUUAUGACAAGUCCAUCGCGGUGGCUGUGGUGGUCUCUGGAGGAUACGAGGACGAUGAGGACGAGGCGAGCCGCAUUUGGUACACGGGGCAGGGCGGCAACGACCUUUUGGGCUCACGAAAGCAAGUGGCCAACCAAGUUCUGCGAUCCGGAAACCUGGCUCUCAUGAAUAGCAUUAAGGUGAAGAACGAUGUGAGAGUCAUUCGAGGGCACAACUGCAAGAAGUCCGACACGGGACGGGCUUUCACAUACGAUGGGCUUUACAAGGUGAAGCAAAAUCAGUAUGUGCGUGGCGAGCAAGGCUUCUUCGUCUACAAAUUCCUUCUCGUUCGCAACCCCGGCCAGCCGCCUCUCACGACUGACCAGGUUCGCUUCAUGCGCGGCCAGAUCCCAACGAGCGUGAACAGAGCAUCAGAUGUUGUGUGCGCGGACCUCUCAAAUGGCAAGGAGAGGCUUCCUGUCCCCGUUACCAACUGCAUCGACACUCCACCCACCAUGCCACCCGCAUUCGAGUACGUGACGGGGCGCAUCAUGCCCACGGGGCUCAAGCUGCAUGGAGGGGCGCACAAGUGCGAGUGCAAGGGGGCGUGCAGGAGUGAGAGCAAGUGCGCGUGUGCCAAGAGGAACCGUGACGGCUUUCCCUACGUGCAAGGAGGAAGGUUGGUCAAAGCGCGCGGCAUCGUGUUGGAGUGUGGCCCCGCGUGUGGCUGCGGCCCAGCUUGUAAUAACCGAGUUGGCCAGCAAGGCCUGCGCUUCCGCCUUGAGGUGUACAAGACGGCGCACAAAGGGUGGGCGGUGCGGUCGUGGGACUUCAUCCCGGCGGGGGCGGUGGUGUGCGAGUACGUGGGCGACGUGCUGCCAUACGAGCGGCUCAAUCACGUGGAGGACGACAUGUACGUCAUCAGCAUCGACACCGUUCGCACCGCCAAGCUCGGCACGCAGGGCAGAGAUCCCAUGUUUGAGGACUUGGAGCAUGCACUGGAGGAGCAAGCCAAGGCCAAGCCGAGUGCCAAAAAUCAUCGUGCAACGGGAAAGGCGAGCAAGGAGGGCGGGGAGGGCGGGGAGGGCAGGGAGCACGAGGAGGUGCACUACGCCAUCGACGGGCUGCGGCGUGGCAAUGUGGCGCGCUUCAUCAACCACAGCUGCUCGCCCAAUCUCUUCUACCAGUCCGCCCUCUGGGACCACAAGCGCCCCGAGCUCUCCCACCUCCUCCUCGUCGCCUCUGAGAACAUCCCCCCGCUAACGUCCCAUUGUUUCUGUUUCCACACCCUCCUGGCCCUGCUUUUAGUCUGCCCAAGUCCCUCUGCUCCUCUCUCCACUCUCUCCCUGCCCAAGUCCAUAUGUCCUCCCUCCACUCUCUCCCUGCCCAAGUCCAUGUGUCCUCCCUCCACUCUCUCCCUGCCCAAGUUUAUCUGUCCUCUCUCCACUCUCUCCCUGCCCAAGUUCAUCUGUCCUCUCUCCACUCUCUCCCUGCCCAAGUUCCUGCCCGGAAUCACGAACUGA